UAAAUAUAGUUUACUUGGCAAAAUUAGAUUUCGAAUAAUUUUUUCUAAUUUUUUCCCAAGUUUCAAUUUUCCCGCUGUUAUUGUUGUUAUAUCGAUUCAUAGAUGGCUCUUCGAUCUGUUUAUUUUUAGAAACGAUGUUGAAACGAAAUAGUUAGUCGUUCACUUUGCUUCUCUCGUGUUUUACAGUAUAAAAACCAUUAAAAAAACAUUAGAAAAAUGGCUAUGGCUAACGAAGUAGAAGAUUUUGUCACUUGUGGAGUCUGUUUACAAGAAUACGAUGAAGAAAUUCGGAAACCAAAAUUUCUCCAAUGUACCGCACGACACACGGCCUGCCUGUUGUGUCUCAAGGAAAUACGCCAGGGAGACUUGAUUACUUGCCCUUUUUGUCGCGAUACUUUCGUCAAGUUUGAUGUUGAAAGUCUGCCAAACAACCCUUAUGCACUCCACAUGCUUAAAUUCAAGGAAAAAAAGGAAGAGCCACCAUUGCUACCAAAACCAGUUGAGAUUGUUACUACUCCUUUGGCAGUCAGCUGGUGUGUGACUUGUGGAUCGGCAGAGAAACCUGGAUGUGCUCCAUCUGGUCACUCAUCGGUUAACAUGACAGCUGACAUAAUUAGAAAUUUAGAAGCCCUUCUAAAAUUAAAAGAAGAACUAAUGAAAAUGAAAGACGUUGGGACCAACCAUCUGACUAUGGCAAUAGAGGAACGCCAGAAAAUUCACGAACAGCUUGCUCUGGUAAUGAAAGCCAUCCAGUCUUCUGAGAAUGAAAUCAAGAAACUUCAAGAUGAGAAUAGUUCUCACAUAGCCCAAAUGGUUUCUGUGUUGGAAAGAAACAAAUUGAAAACUGAUGUUGACUCCCAGGAUGGUCAAAAGAAAGAACUGUACUUUUCAGAGUUGAUGUCUCUGGUCGAAGGUUCUACCGCAGACGAUACGGCAGACACUCUCAAACAGAAAAUGACGCAAUUGGUCGAACAGUACGAACAGAAAUUUAAUGAAGCCACAGCUCUUGUAUCAGAAUACGAACUUCGUAAUAAAAUGAAAAUCAGCGUUCACCUGUUCGACGAAAACGAUCGCCCUAUCCCGACAUGCAGUUGGUUAGAAAAAGGAUUUCGAUAUCAACCCAUCACUCCAGCCUUAAAAGUACCACAAAAUCAUCAAGAUUCAGUAUUGCUGUCGCAUGUCAUUUUCUCGGCAUUGAAACGACAAAAAAUCCCAUUGAAGUGUGUGCAGCAGCCAACGAACGCAAGCACAUCUUCUACUACGAUACCAUUACCGCCUUACGUAUCUGCUAGUACCUCUAAGUUCGUCUUGGGGAUAUCUUCCGUAUUCAUCUUAAGACUUUUUCAGUCAGGGUGUCCUAAAGGUGAAAUCCACAUCCGUCCAACGCUCACAUUUCACCCUGCUUUCCUCCAAAAACUGGGCGAAUUCUGUUUUAAAUCUCAAAAGAAAUUUGGAGGUAACAUCGACAAGGCUUUGGCGGAAGUGUGUGUUUCAUUACCUAUGGUCCACCCACAACCACAAUUCCAGUCUGCUGUUCCCAAUAUACCGCAAUCCAACAGCAUUCAGAAAGCGUCAAAAUUAGGUGACGUUGGCAUCAUCUUCAAUAAAAACACGGUUUCCGAAUGGAGCUUCAUUUUACCACUGAAAGAAUUCUUAAAACCUAAUCAAGCGGUACACGUAAAAUCAGAAUCAAACAACCAGCUCUUUGGUCGCGUUGUCAACCUCCAGGUGAUGGAAAGUGUGAUCCAACUUAGCAAGUCCAAAAAAGCCGAUAGAGCGUGUUAUACCCUAACUCUGGAAUCUCAAUAGUACUCUGUUAUCUCACACUCCAAAAAAAAUCUCCAGAAAUUACUAACGAGCCGUCUUGUUACAGUGUUGGCAAUAAUCAAGUUUUAUAAAGAAACAAUACACCUGAUUGGAUUUAUUA